UACGUCAUCUGUGUGUCAUAUCCUUCACGCGCCAAAUUUGUAUUGUUUUGAUCGGGAGCGAAGUCGAGGGUAGGAGACAGCGCGCAGACAAGACAUUACAUAUUUACUCAGGUUAAAUUAAAUUAAAUUAAAAUGUCGGAACAAGCUGGCUACUCCCCCAGCUUCAAGAGACCGUCUGAUAUCCUUCGUCUGAGAAAGAAGCGAGCACGCAGCGAGGGAGUCGGCUCCGGCGGCCGGAAUUCAAGCGCUAGUCCUGGGUUAUCUGUGCCGGGGGUCCGUCCCUUUUCCCCCGGCUCUUUGCUCAAUGGUCCGCCUCGGCCCGGUGGCGUGAAGCGCAGGAACCCAUUCGCCAACCUCGAAAACACCUACAACAGCCCAAAGAAGAGAGCCGUGGUGCGGUCCGAGGGAGAUGCGUACUCUCUGGGUUGCAAACCUUUAAUAAUUGAAGCCGAGGUGGAGAACCAGGCGGAAGGGCCAGCACGCCGGGACACGCAGCAGUUCACUGAACGACUCCUCCACGCUGAGAAACGCUACCAAGAAGCUCCGGACAAGCAGAAACAGACCUCUGUCUCCGAAGACGAUUCUCUCUUUGAAGACGAUUUGUUUGCAGACGAGAAAAUAUCUCCUCCUAUACUGACAAGCCCACUGGGCCAUGGCUCCGGUGAAAUGGCUCCCCAUGUCUGUGUGGAGUACCCGGCUGACUGGAGCCUGAAGACUCGCCUCCUCUUCACUUCUCCUCUCUCCUUCUCCUGGGCGGAGCAGCUGAAGGCCGGGGAGGAGGCGCAGGGGCUGACCCAGCACUGCCGUGCCACGCAUGUCCCGCUACCCCAAAAUAUACAGGAGCCCCGCUGCAGCGUGGAGCUGCGCUGCUCCUUCCAGCAGGCCCUGCAGUACUGGCAGCACCCCUCCCUGCCCUGGCUCCCCCUCUUCCCCCGCAUCGCCGCUGAGAGGAGGUUCUCUGGCAAGAGCGCCCCCUGGGCUCACGACCCGGCACUGCAGCAGAGUCUGAUGAGCGAGUGGGCGGUGAGCUUCACCUCUCUGUACAGUCUGCUGAAGGCUCGGCUCUGCCCGUUCUUCUACCUCUGCUCUUACCAGUUCACCGCACUAUUCCGCACCUCCGGACUGAGCGGCACCUCAGCCAUCACCGCAGUGCUGUCCCCCACCACCAGGGGGCUGCGUGAGGCCAUGCGGGCAGAGGGGAUUGACUUCACACUCCCCCUGGUGGAGGAGAAGAAGAAGUGCAAGAAUCCCCGCUCUACUGCACAUCAGACUGGAGAACACGGAGCUGAGCCCAAAGAACUGGCUGAGGAAGAAGAUGAUGAAGAAUAUGGUGAGGAGGAGGAGGAUGAUGAAGAUGGUGGUUUCUCCUGGCUGAAAGAGAUGGGGGUUCAGGACAAAAUAAAAAAGCCGGAUUCCAUCUCCAUCAAGCUGCGUAAGGAGCACAGUGAGGUGAAGCUGGACCAUCGGCCCGAGUCUCUGGUUCUGGUUCAGGGCUCCAGCACCUUCACCCUCCUCAACUUCCUCAUCAACUGCAAGAGCCUGGUGGCGGCGGCCGGGUCCCAGGCUGGUCUGCCCCCCACCCUGCUGGCCCCCAACCCCUUCAGAGGGGCCACACUGCACGUACUCAAGGCGCGCAGUGUGAAGGUGAAGACGCAGGUGCGGACGGGGUAUCAGGACGUGAGCAGCCUGGAGGUGACGGGUCCGGUGAUGCCCCACGCCCUCCACGCCCUGACCCGCCUGCUCCGCCCCGCACAGAGGGGGGGCUUCUCUGCAGGCCUGUACCCCCACGAGCCCACCGCAGUCUUCAACACCCCUGUGGGCCCCCCUGCAGAGCCGCAUCUGCAGGACACAGCGGCGCAGGAUUUGGAGGGGUGCGGACUGCACCCCAGCACCGUGCGGCAGCUGGUCCAGCCAUCCACCCUGGGAAAGAGCACACUCAGACACCUGCACAUGAAAGAGUACUCUUACACCUGGAGCCUCUGAGUACUCUUACACCUAGAGCCUGAGUACUCUUACACCUGGAGCCUGAGUACUCUUACACCUGGAGCCUCUGAUACGCGCACAUACACACACACACACACACUGCCAUUGUCAGGGCUACCUGGUGUCUCCAUCACUGACGGACCGCUUGUUCUACUGCCAAACAUUUUUACCUGAAUGAGCCGUUGUCUUGUUUACAUGAAAUUUUAUGUAAUUAAAUUAAUUUUUUUUUAAUGUU